AUGUCCAGCGAACUUGCAGAGGACUCUUCCGUCCGCCGUGCUGAAGAGGCAGGAGCCGCAAAGCUAUGGUCUGUCUAUGUUGAUGAAGCGGAUCGUUACGACAGAUCGCUUGUUGCAAGCUGGAAGAGUGAUAUGGAGGCAAUGCUCAUUUUUGUGCGGAUUCCUUUUGUUUCAGUAACGUUUGACGUUGAAGCUCGUAAGGCUGGUCUAUUCUCGGCCAGUCUGACUGCCUUUCUCAUCGAAAGCUAUAAGACUUUGGUGCAAGAUCCCGGCGAUGCGACCGUUGAACUUUUGCAACAAAUCCUCAUAGUGUCCUCCAAUAACUCGACUUCAGCGCCUUUUAUUCCACAACCGUUUACACCAGCAACAUCGUCUCUUGUCUGUAACGCGUUGUGGUUCAUCAGUCUUGGAUUAAGUCUUGCUUGUGCCCUCGUUGCAACUUUACUUGAGCAAUGGGCCCGAGACUUCCUACACCGAGCGAACAUGCGAUCUUCUCCAGUUGUCCGCGCUCGCGUCUAUUCGUAUCUAUAUUACGGCUUAAGACGGUUCGCCUACUAG